CAGUGGUGAACUAAUCUAAUCAUUAUGUCUGUGAUUUAUCGAUACAGAUAAUAUCACACUUUCCAUUCCAUAAAGAAACUUGGGAGUACAGCCAUCCGUUGCAGUUCCAACAUGGCACCCUCACUCGCUUGUGGUUUUUGACAACUAAUAAAUAAUUGUUGUUAGUCCAAAAAUAUACAUUUAAGUAAAUGUACGUAAUCCUGGCAGAAAUUAAGCAUUUUCAAGCAUAAAAAAUGUUGUAAAUGAAGUGUGUGAAUACAGUUGAGGCCAUGGCAGACGUUGAUGAAGUGUAUUCCACUGGCCACCAGGUGUCACUAUUAACACCACACGCCAAUCAUUAUUUUCGAAUGGGACAAAAUAUUAUAAUAAUUCAGUAAUCACACGGGCAGCAGUUGUGGCGGUACUCUAUAGCUAAAACUCGACUCAGAAUCCCUAACGUCACUUCCUGUCCAAGGCCGGAAGACAUUUAAUGGAAUACACAGGAGCACAAGUCUUAUUUAUUUUGUAAAAUAUGUUUUUCUCUUAUAAUGUCUACAAUGUUAGGUAAUGGAGUGCCACUCCAUGUCUCGAUGUGAUUUAAGAAUGUUACAAAUCGUAUUUACGAAGGCAAACCGGUUCUCUAUACUUAACUACGAAAAUAUUGCAUUUAUUCGUAUUGAAUUCUACGUCGCGGAAAUUCACUUACCACGGUUGGGUAUGGGUAAGUUGUUGUAUGUAAGUUGUUAUAUGUAUCUAGUAGUAGUAGUACUUGGUAAUGUGUGUAGUAUCAAGAUGUAAGUUAUGUGCAUCUAGCAGUAGUAGCUGCAUCUUGCUAAUGUGUGUAACGUGUGUCACAUCACGUGGUCGACAGGUCAAGUUGCAGUUCCUUCUUUGGACACUGGGUGUCACUGCCGCCCGCACGGGGCUGGCCUUGCAGCCAGCGACCUUUUUAGUUUUGUUUUGUUUUUUUGAACGGUGAUGGAGGUUCCCCACAUAAUGAGCGGCUGCGUCUGCUGCAACUCAGCAACAAGUCUGCUGGGGGAAAUAAACACAGACUAUUCAGCAAGCAGGGCGGAGCCAUUAAGUGUACCAUUGCUUCUACGAAGGACUAUAUCCGAUUCCUUGCCAUCAUGAUCGUUUCAAGUCAAUGUAUGUGCCAUGUGUCAUGUCAGUCAAGGAUCACUAUGGCAACAGUGUCAUCACGUGACAUUGAAGUUUUGUAUGUUUUCGGUAUUUCAUUGCAGCGUUGAUUGACAUGCGCCUGGAUGUUUUUUUUUUAAGUGAGGCACAUCUGCAGUGACGUCACACUCUCCCUUGACAAAAAGUAGCGGGACAUACCCCGACUGCGGUGGGACAUCCCGCGUCUGUAGUGUCUUGGCGAUGACGAGGAGCAACAGAGUCGUGCUCGCUUCUUUUUGCAUGCACCCCCCCCCACACCCUCCGUCUCUCCUCUCCCCUCUCUCUCGCUGCAACCUCAGAUCACUUUUUAAGCCAGCCUGAGUGAAGAUUAUAACGGAGGCUGAAAAUACACCUUUCCCGGGACACAACAAGACAGUUAUGAAGUCAUGAGGCUGUUUUUGUGGCGGGGAUGGAGAGGAUGACAAAGCCCGGCGGGAGAUGAGCAAAGAGGAGCGGCGGCUGGGCGGACAGCGGAACACUGCACAAGUCUGCAUGCAAGUCUCCUCUUCUUCUUCUACUUCUUCUUCUUCCUCCUCCACGCCUGGCCCGGAGCUGACCGUGAAGAUGGGAUGUAAAUGGACGGGCCAAGGCGAGCAUCCCAUCUAGAAGCCUUCGGAGCGGCACCUAGCAGCGUGAUGGCUGGCGAGCUGCGGACAUGACUCCUGAGGCGGCUGACACGUGGACGCCGCGCUCGGAAUAAAACCUCAGCACCCGGGCGCAACCUUUUAACACACAAACCAUGAAGCCGUUAUGGUUUGGCCUCGAACUGAGCGCAUAUUUGUAAUCCCACUGUAGUGCCCUCCUCACCCCCGCCCCAUGUCACAAGUUUCCCAAGAAUUAUGGAAAUGUUGUGGAGGACGCUGACUUGGACAUUCAGCCUGGUAGUCAUGGCUGCUUCCCAAUUUCAGAGCGUCGAGCGACUUUCACCCAACUCUCAAGAGGAGUUCCUGUCCUACCUGCAGCACUAUCAGCUGACUGUCCCAGUUCGAGUGGACCAGAACGGAGAGUUCCUGAGCUACACUGUGAAGCACCACAGGCCCGGCCGACGGCGACGGGGCACGGUGGACCCCUCCCUGGGCCCGGAGGCGCCGGAGCCCCGGCUGUUCUACAGACUGUCCGCCUACGGCAAACACUUCCACUUGAACCUCACUCUCAACCCCCGCCUGGUCUCCAAGCACUUCACGGUGGAGUACUGGGGCCGCGACGGGCCAGAGUGGCGCCACAACACGGUGGACAACUGCCACUAUGUGGGCUUCUUGCAGAACCGGCACGGUGCCACCAGAGUGGCGCUCAGCAAUUGCAACGGCCUGCACGGCGUGAUCAGGACGGAGGAAGAGGAGUAUGUGAUCGAGCCACUGAGGAACAUAUCCUCCAGCAGCGCCUGGGAGCAAGAGGAAGCACAGCAACACGUUAUUUAUAAAGUCUCCGCCCUGCCUUGGUCCGAGGAGCACAGCCGGGAGUUCAGCUGCGGCAUUUCAGACCUCAUUAAAAGCCACGCCCCCAGCCCGGCCCCGGCCUCAGUGGGCCCCCACCGGCACCACGCCGCCGAUAUGCGGAACACGACACGCAGAAGCAGGCGCUCCAUCAGCAGUGAACGCUUCGUGGAGACGCUGGUGGUGGCCGACAAAAUGAUGGUGGGUUACCACGGACGCAAAGACAUCGAGCACUAUAUCCUGUCCGUCAUGAACAUUGUUGCCAAACUUUACCGUGAUGCCAGUCUAGGAAAUGUUGUCAACAUCGUCGUGACACGCCUCAUUGUUCUGACGGAAGAUCAGCCCAACCUGGAGAUCAACCACCACGCCGACAAGUCUCUGGACAGCUUCUGCAAAUGGCAGAAGUCCAUCCUGUCCCAUCACAGCCACGGAAACAGCAUCCCCGAGAAUGGCAUGGCUCACCAUGACAACGCCGUGCUCAUCACACGGUAUGACAUCUGCACCUACAAGAACAAACCCUGUGGAACCUUGGGCUUGGCCUCCGUGGCAGGAAUGUGUGAGCCGGAGCGGAGCUGCAGCAUCAAUGAAGACAUCGGACUCGGCUCCGCUUUCACCAUCGCACACGAGAUAGGCCACAACUUCGGGAUGAACCACGACGGCAUUGGGAACUCCUGCGGCACCAAAGGCCACGAGACGGCCAAGCUGAUGGCGGCCCACAUCACGGCCAACACCAACCCGUUCUCCUGGUCCGCCUGCAGCAAGGACUACAUCACCAGCUUCCUUGACUCAGGUCGGGGGACGUGUCUGGACAAUGAACCUCUGAAACGAGACUUCCUGUACCCAACAGUGGCUCCGGGGCAGGUGUAUGACGCAGACGAGCAGUGCCGCUUCCAGUACGGCGCAUCCUCACGACAGUGCAAGUAUGGGGAAGUGUGUAGAGAGCUCUGGUGCCUUAGCAAAAGCAACCGCUGUGUCACCAACAGUAUCCCCGCCGCCGAGGGAACGCUGUGCCAGACCGGCAGCAUCGAGAAAGGGUGGUGCUACCAGGGCGAGUGCGUGACCUUCGGGACCUGGCCCCAGAGCGUGGACGGCGGCUGGGGUCCCUGGUCGGCGUGGGGGGAGUGCAGCAGGACGUGCGGGGGUGGCGUCUCCUCCUCCGUGAGGCACUGUGACAGCCCAGCGCCUUCCGGAGGAGGGAAGUAUUGUCUCGGCGAGAGGAAGCGCUACAGAUCCUGUAACACCGCCGCCUGUCCUUCGGGAUCUCGUGAUUUUCGAGAGAAGCAGUGCGGCGACUUUGACAGCAUGCCGUUCCGUGGGAAAUACUACAACUGGAAGCCUUACACUGGCGGUGGCGUCAAGCCGUGUGCCCUCAACUGCCUGGCAGAGGGCUACAACUUCUACACCGAGCGUACCCCGGCUGUCAUCGAUGGUACCCGCUGUCAGGCAGACUCCUUGGACAUUUGCAUCAACGGCGAGUGCAAGCAUGUGGGUUGUGACAACGUGCUGGCGUCGGACGCCAAGGAGGAUCGGUGUCGUGUGUGCGGAGGCGACGGCAGCACCUGCGAGGCCACCGAGGGUCUCUUCAACGAGUCUCUGCCACGAGGAGGCUACAUGGAGGUGGUUCACAUCCCCAAAGGCUCCGUUCACAUCCAGAUCCGAGAGGUCACCAUCUCCAAGAAUUACAUUGCUUUGAAAUCCGAGGGGGACGAUUAUUACAUCAACGGCGCGUGGACCAUCGACUGGCCGAGGAAGUUCGACAUCGCCGGCACCGCCUUCCACUAUAAGAGACCCUCCGACGAACCCGAGUAUUUAGAAGCUCUCGGGGCCACCACGGAGAACCUGGUUGUCAUGAUCCUACUCCAGGAACAGAACCAGGGGAUCCACUACAGGUUCAACGUGCCCAUCCAGCGUACGGGCAGUGGUGACAAUGAGGUGGGCUUCUCCUGGUACCACCAGCCCUGGUCCGAGUGCUCAGCUACGUGUGCCGGAGGCUCCCAGAAGCAGGAAGUGGUGUGCAAGAGGCUCGAUGACAACUCGCUAGUCCAAAACAGCUACUGUGACACUGAAGGCAAACCUCCUGAGAAGCAGCGAGACUGCAACGCCGAACCGUGCCCGCCAGAGUGGUUCAUUGGAGACUGGACGGAGUGCGCUAAGACAUGCGAUGGCGGGAUAAGAACGAGAACGGUGCUCUGCGUCCGGAAGCUCGGUCCCGCAGAGGAAGAGACGCUGGAAGACACCCACUGUCUGACCCACAGACCCGUAGAACAGGAGGCCUGCAACAACCAGUCCUGCCCACCCAAGUGGAUCACGCUGGACUGGUCCGAGUGCACGCCAAAAUGCGGGCCGGGCUUCAAGCACCGCAUCGCCUUGUGCAAAAGCAGCGACCUGACUAAAACCUUCCCGCCCGCCCACUGUCCGAGCCACAAUAAGCCGCCGGUGCGAAUCCGCUGCAGCUUGGGUCGCUGUCCUCCUCCACGUUGGAUGGCGGGCGAAUGGGGGCAGUGCUCGGCGCAGUGUGGACUGGGACAGCAGAUGAGGACGGUUCAGUGUCUGUCCUACACGGGGCAGCCUUCCAAUGAGUGCGCCGAGACCCUCCGACCCGCCGCCAUGCAGCAGUGCGAGAGCAAGUGCGACGCCACGCCCGUCUCCAACGGCGACGAGUGCAAAGACGUCAACAAGGUGGCCUACUGCCCGUUGGUGCUCAAGUUCAAGUUCUGCAGUCGGGCCUACUUCCGUCAGAUGUGCUGCAAGACCUGCCAGGGCCACUGAAGACCCACCUGGACGGGAGCGCCGACGGCGAGGUUCUUCGGAAAGGAAGCCAAACCACGGACACAAAACUCUUCACUUCUGUGAAGUGGAGCUCGGAGGAGGACGGGUUGGUGAUGUUAUUUUAUUAUAAUAAUAAUUCCUGAUAUCCUUGGUAGUCCUUCUCCGACUUUCAUCAAAUCCAAAGUGCUGGACACUCAACCCCCCGCCCCCCGCCCCGCCCCCUGCAAGGACGGACACUGUGAGUGCUGUUGCCGGGAGGACUUUUGGCUUGGCUGCACUUUUUGUGUAAAUACUUUUUUUGCCAAGAAGUUAAGACAGACAUCUGUGUACUGUAUAUUUAUUGUACUACAUGUCACAUAGUAGCCUACUGUCUUUCAAUGUGAGUCUUAUCCUAUCGAUAUGAUGUAUGAUUUAUCAUUUAUCAUCUUCAUACACGCAAUCACCUGCUUGUAGGAGGGAGGACGUUUAGGGUGCCUUUGAUUGCUAACUCCGAUCAUUUCGAGCAACUUAGCAACAAUUUUACCAGAUUGUCCAAAAAAAAAACCAUUGCGUUCACACUUGUCAUGUUCGCUUACUUUGAAAGGAAUGUGGUGUGUUUGCUCCGCUAGUACAACCCAAACAGAUGCCGCUCUUGAAAAGUAUAUUUUACAAGCAUUUGGUGGCUAAUAUCAAAUGAAGCUAGGUAUUUAACCUGGCGGAUUCUGUUACAAAAGCUGCUAACUUACUCUAUCAGUGCUUCUCAAAUAGAGUGGCGAGCCACCCAGAAGACAUGUAAGAAGCUGUCAGGUUAUUCACACUGAGCAAUAGUAUUCUUAGUAGUAUUCCAGAAGGCCCGCCCAAUACCUGGUCUGGUCCGCCCCUGCACACGCACUGGGCUCCAAACACGAGAGGUGGGGGCACUGGACAUCGAGCUAAAAGCCAGGGCUUUCGUUCUGGGAUGCUAAAAAAUCAGCAAGAAAGUACGCGCCAAGUAUCUUUUUCACAUUUUGUUCCGGAUCAGAGUAGCAAAGCGCAAGUGUGAACGCAGACUAAAAAAAGAAGAGUCAGCAAAGUUUCAAAAAUGAUCUACGGAACCACUGGAUUGGCCUGGAUUAGCGGCAAUUUACAUAUUCUUACACUUGACUCAUGAAGGAUGGACUUUUUUUGUUUAGUUCAGGAUAGCGCCACCUAGUGGACAUCAUCACAUGCUAAUCUGCUAACAAUGGUUACCCCCCAAAAAAUCACCCUUUCCCAUCCUGCUGGAUCCAAGCCACGUGUAAUAGAAAAUAAUAACAUUAGCUGCUCAUGUCGGUUGAUACCUCACACUGGGAUUGGUUUCAGUAUCGUCUCAGCAGCAAAAAGGAUGCUGACGCUGUAACGUGAUCCCCACGACCCAGAAGCCAUCACUGCUGGAAAGGGAAUCAUCCCAUUUCUGUCUCUUUUUUUUUUUUUUUUUUGCUGCUGCUACUUUUUUUUUGUUUUCCCAAACCUUGAAGGAGGGCCGCCGUCAAGGAGGGGUGGGGGGGGGACAGCAGAGUCCUUGCUAGCGUAGCGUGUAGCCAAAGCGCAUCAUGCCAUGAGAUAUUAAUCAUUCAUAUCCUCUCAUUCUUCUGGAAAUGAUGAUCAUUUAUUGCUGUCCGAUGUGUUUCAUCAGUUAGGAAAGUGAAAGAAAUGCUGUGGUACACCCCGUGCCCCCCCCCCCCCCCCCAUUUUUUAAAAAAGGUAGAGACAAUAAAA